AUGUUUAGCGGCAACGGGAGGAAGAUCAUCGAGGUAAAGAUUAUCGAUGAUGAAGAGUAUGAGAAGAACAAGGCCUUCGUCAUUGAGCUGGGGGAGCCCGUUCUGUUGGAGAUAGGGCAGAAACACGGGGACUCCAAUGAGAACAAGCCGUUGGUGGGAGCAGAGGAGGAAGAGGUGGCCAAGAUGGGCUGUCCCAGUCUGGGCGAACACACACAAGUAGAGGUGGUCAUAGAAGAGUCCUACGAGUUCAAGAGAGCAGUAAAUGAGCUUAUUUGGUGUUCUGACAAGAGUACUGUAGAUAAGUUGAUCAAGAAGACAAACCUGGCCUUGGUGGUGGGAAGCAGCAGCUGGAGGGAGCAGUUUGUCAGUGCUGUUACCGUGAGCGCAGGAGACGACGACGAGGAGGAGAGCGGCGAGGAGCGGCUGCCGUCCUGCUUCGACUACAUCAUGCACUUCCUCACCGUCUUCUGGAAGGUUCUGUUCGCUUUCGUCCCGCCCACAGAGUACUGGAAUGGCUGGGCCUGCUUCAUUGUCUCCAUAUCGCUUAUCGGUGUCCUGACGGCAGUCACCGGCGAUCUGGCGUCACACUUCGGCUGCACUAUAGGACUGAAGGACUCGGUGACAGCUGUGGUGUUUGUGGCGCUGGGAACAUCUGUGCCUGACACAUUCGCCAGCAAGGUCGCCGCCAUCCAGGACCAGUACGCUGAUGCCUCCAUAGGGAACGUCACCGGCUCCAAUGCUGUCAACGUCUUCCUUGGCAUUGGCGUGGCUUGGACCAUCGCUGCAGUCGUCUGGCGCUCCAAGGGCAAAGCGUUCAAGGUGGACCCAGGAAACCUGGCCUUCUCCGUCACCCUCUUCACCAUCCUGGCCAUGGUGUGUGUGAUGACACUGCUGUACCGGCGGCGGGCAACGGUGGCUGGCGGAGAGCUGGGCGGGCCGCGGACUUGUAAGCUGCUAACGUCGCUGAUGUUCAUCUCGCUGUGGCUGCUUUACAUCCUGCUGGCUUCACUGGAGGCCUACUGCCAUUUACCAGCGUUUUAAAUGGAGAGCAGAGGGGAGGGAGAGAGACCCACUGCCAAUAUGUAGAGAGAGAGAGAGAGAGAGAGAGAGAGAGGGACGGGACAAGGAGAAUGGGCCGAUUAUGAUACUUUUUAUGGGCUGCAGAUGAUUAAAUUACGUAAAAGUCCAAAACAGUUUUCAGUCUUUCAAACUGAUUUUUUCCCCCUUUGUCCACAGUGUGUAUUAUUAUGAAACACUAAAACUCUCCAAUUAUAUCCAAACAUUUUACUUUUAGCAUUUGCACCUCUUUAAAGAAAGGAGACCCACCAUUGAUCCAAUGCUGAAGAAACUUCUGGGAUACAUACAGCCUCUGAAUUUAUAAUUAAUGAACUUUAAGCAGUAAUGAAAAUUUGCAAUGCAGGUUUUAAAGAGCUAUUUUAUGUAGUUGCCUCAAUCAUCCAUCAUCACCAGUGGACAACACUGUUUAAUAGUUAAUAAAAGGCUGAUAAUGUUCAAGUAUACUGCCAAGGUAGAGGAGAAGAGCAGAAGUGAGAGCUGCCAAUCAGCUGGGCUCAGAAGGUGAAACAAAAGGUGAAGAGGAAGGAUAAGGGUGAAUGAUAGAUGUGGAAAACAAAACUAGAGAAACGUCUAUGAAGGGACCAUUGAAAAGACAACACUGAAUAAAGUAAAAGAAGUAGAGUAGAUGGGGAAAAAAUAUUCGACAACUCCUCCUCACGCUCUCUCUCUCUCCCCCUCUAUCUUUACUGUAUCUCGUGGUCGCGGGAACGGUGGAUCCUCCCAUUAUACCCACUGAACUCAAUCUAAUACUAACAGUGAUUUAUUACUUUAAACUCUUCUUCCCCCAACUGUACACAAACAAACAUACACACACACACUUUGGGGCCCUCAGGUGAAUCUGCAGUGGAGGACCACUCACUAUCUUGCGGGCGAACAGGCAAUACGAAAACAGAACAAGCUUCUUUUUUUUCUGUCGUGGUCUUUUUUCCUUCUCGUCUUGAAUACACUGUGCGAAACAGUCCUUCCAUGGUACAACACACACACACACACACACACACACACACAGAUACUGUACCCUUCCUUUCCUACAAAUACUCUGCAGACUGAACACACUCCUCUGUCCCUCUCUCUUGCCUUACACUUAUCUCCCCUGUAGGAAUUGUCUCAAAGUUGUGAUAAUGAAACGCUGUAGUCACCACCAACUACCCUUCUUUUUAAGUGAGCCAAUGCCAAGUCUCUCUCCUUUUAUGCCACUUAAUAGCAUCGUUUAUCCCAUGAAGGAAACGUACCCUGACCUUUUUUUUCUAAACUCUUCAAUGGCGUCAUGUGUUGAUGUUGUUACCGUGCAAUUGUAACAAAAAAAUAGACAUCAAAAUAUAUUAUGAAGAGAUAGAGAUAAAGAAAGUUAAAGCAGGUUGUUUGGAAGAUGGGAUGUUACAUGGAAGAUCAAGAAGUUGGAUCAGCACCUGGAAGAUAUUUCAAAAGUGGGAUGGAGACACAAAGGAAAUGUUUGAUAAGCAGAGGGAAGAUUAUAAAUGUCUAGUGUCUGGAGAAUCAGGCACAGAACAAGCAAGCAGUCCACCUAGUAAAACUUGUCUUUCUUGCAAUGAAGAAGCAUUGUGCACUACACAUCGCGAGGUACAUUGUUUACACUCUCAAGUUGCAUUAAAUGGCUGGGAAACAAACAUGUGAACAAGCAGAGCCAGAGUCCAGCAUGAAAGGAUGUCACGCCAAGAGACAUCAAUGAACAAGACAAAGGUAGGACCAAUCAAAAGGCUGGCUGUGACCUCGACAACAGCUAAGAAGAUGAUAGCAAUGACAGUGUUGUUGACGACAAAUCAAAACUAUGACCAUACCCAGUGUUUCUAAUUGUACAUGAUAAUAUAAGAAACUUUUCUUGAUGUGUGUGAGAAAACACUGAUAUUUAAUGUAUGUGAAGUCACCCUCUUUGUAAGGGAAACCCUGGUGGAGGAAAGGAAAGAUCCAUUCUUUUUCCCUCUGAAACGCAGUUCAAGGACACAUUUUAAGCCGGUCCAUCACAUGGGGGGGGGGGCUACAAAAUGGUGAAUACAAAACCAGAGAUGACUCACAGACAGAGAGAAGAAACAAAUGCUCUGAGGGAAAUGUACGGCAGCUCUGAAAUAUCACGUGUCUGUUCUGCAGCAGAUGUAAUGUUGGGAAAUUUCUUUGUACACAAAUCACAAGUCUCUGUUAUCCAAAGAUUUAAUAGAAGAACAGUCGCAGAUCACCAUUCAUUUUCAAGCCUUGCAGCCAUUGUAGUCCCACAAGCUGCCGGGUCUAGUUAACAAGACUGGUAAAAAUUUAAUCACUACAGAUAAAUGUGCAUAACCAUUGGUAUUAUUUAUGGGUAUGAGCCUGUAUCGAAAGCUGUGCUAUUUACUUUGUUUUUGUGAAACGUUUGUUGAUUUAGGCAUGGUGUGUUUGAAAGUACGAUAUCGGAAUAGCUUAAAAUGCCACAUAUUCUAUGAAAUCAACCAUUUUGUUGUUGUUUAUCUGUAUGAGAAAGUGUCAAAUCCAGAUUUAUAUUAUGUCUGUGUUAAUACCCCUGCCCUGCCCAGGGGCUGGACAGAAGGGAUGGCAUAUGGCUUGUCAGUGCAAGUGAUUGUUAAAUGCAAUCCGCUUGUUAACAACAGCAUAGAAGGAAAACCUCUGCAACCAUUUCCCCCUCAACUGCCCAAAAUCCUGUUUGUAAGCUAAAAAUCCUGAGAGGAAACAAUAAUUUGGCUUUUUGUCAUACCCCUUGUUCACUAAGAGAAAAAUGGGACUGAAAACAACAACUUACUUGCCCACCAUCCGCCUUAUUAAAUACGGUCAAAUUAUCCGCUGCCUCCAGGCCAAUGUAAAUGCAGGCCACACACAGCCAGCUCAGUCAUGCAGGCUGAACAGACACGAGCUUGUCCGAGGCAGCCUUUGCUAAGGUCAGUGCUUGUAUAAAUGGAAGAUAAGUGGUGAUUUGGAGCAGAGUGGCAUUGAUUUGCUUGGGUGAAAAUGCCUGUAUGUGUUCCCCCUUCCCUCAAAUGUGACAUUUUAAAUGCCACACCAGUUCCCUGCACUUUCUGACAGUUGUAAAGGAAAAGAGAAGGUGAAAUAUUUCAAACUUUCAUUGUAGAAAAGCAGUGAAAGCAGAGGUGAAAGCUUCUCUGAUUCCUUAAACUCCUUUAGAGUUACUCUUAUCAGCUGAUUUCAGACAAGCUCAGCUGAGAUUCAUUGAUAGAGUUUGGCCACCUACCAUGAUGCUCUUGCUCUAUUUAAAAAGGGAUAUUUCUUGGCUGAAAAUAUUUAAUUUUGCUGUCUAGAAAUUAGACACAAUGGCAUGCCCAGAGCAUGCCCAGCAUGUUAGGUGCUUGCUGGGCUGUAGUCAAGAUUUUAGAGGCACUAAGGUCAUGAGUCCCUCCAAACGCAAGCCUCCUCCACAGAAAAGUUUGUCAAACCCCCAAAAGAAAGGUUUGGACACAUAACUGAAUAAAUAGAGAAAUGAGAAGAGACUCCACUUAGGCAUAGCGGCUAAUGCUAAUAUGCUAACAAUACUAUAAUGCUAACAUGCUGAGGUUUAGCAGGUAAAAUAUUUAGUACUAUUUACACCUGAGGCUCACGAGAAUGUCAUUUGUUUUGAAGUCAUUUUGUCAUAAACCAAAGUACUGAACUCAUUGAAAUGUUUACCUGAAAGUGAUUACAAGUCAGCAUGAAUGCCUGUACUAAAUUUCAAGGCAGUUCAUCCAAUAUUUGUCUAGACAGUUCACUCCAGAUCAAAAAUUUCAAACUCAUGGCGGCACUAGAUGGAAAAGAUAGACGAUCACCAAAGUCAAAAGGAUUCAUCCUCUUGGUAACGUGAAUGUCUGUCCAAUAGCUGUGGAGAUACAGUAUGUCUGUCUUGAAAGGGGUGGACCGAACAGCCAACAUUGUCAUCGUUAGAGCCACAACGCUAAUAUAGCUAAAAACACUGGAAUCAGACCGCAGAGUACCCACCAUGAAUGCUUUUCUAUUCUAGGUUGUGUAUUAAAAUCUCUAAAAUUCCCUGAAAAAAUACAAAGGAUAUGACCUCAGUGUCCUCGGUCGUAGCUAAAGCCCCGGAUGCUCGUUGACAUGGUGUUUUAAUCUGUCUAAUCAUCCACCCAAAACUGUCUGACUUACCAUCCAGAUCAUUUCAUUGUCUCCAUUUCCUUAGUCAUUUCUGUAGUGCGCACUGUAUCUUACAAUGUAGGAGUGAACCCACCGUGACGGAGGUCAUCAGCCAGUUGCCAGUUUGGACGUGACUGGCACGUCGGCAUGGCUCCUGGCGACGCUGAUGUCUGUUUCUCAAUGACUUAAGCUUCUGUAACAGUUGCCAGUUUAAGAAUGAGUGGGCAGGAUAAUAGUGCUGCUGACGCCACAGGAACACAAGAAUACUGGUACCGAUUUAGAAAUGUAGGCUUUUUAAAGGUUGAUAAUCCUUGCUGGAGGAUGGCUGAGAAUGUGUGUGUGUGUGUGUGUGCUUUCUAAGUGAGUGAAAAAAUGCAACCAUAUUUUUAGUCUCUUGCCUGUUGCUUAGCGACCAUCUAUCUGCAAGCUGUUGUCUUCUUGACUGUUGCUGAUGUGUGUGAGACGUUGUGUUUGUGAGAUUUGUGAGUGUGAGACGUGUGUGUGUGAGAGAGACGAUGUGUGUAUGAGAUGUUAUGUGUGUGUGUGACAUUCUCUGAUGUUUCUCACGUUGUCUGCUUGCCCUUCUUCUAGUGAAUGUGAUAAUAUAGUUUCUCAUUCACAAUUUUUUUUCUCUGCGAGUGGAUUUUAACGCAUUUUAUUCAGAUGGGUUUUUUUAAACAAAUGUGUUUAUUUUACAUUAUGUUCCUUGUGCCUCCUACUUGUUUGCAUUGUGUGUAGAUCUUUAUGCCUUUGUGUGAGCAUGUUUGUGCGUGUCGUCUGGUGUUGUAAUCUCCUUAUUAAGGGUUCGCCCUGUGUGUCCCCAGGCUGCAGCCCAUACACUAGAUUAAUAAAUUAGAAUGACAAUCUGACCCACAGAAUCAAUGUCUGGAAAUUGGAAUCCCUCCAUAUUGUUGAUUGUACCUUGGACUCUCCCUCGCCAGGUGUGUGUGUGUUUGUACCUGUCAAAUAAGAUUAGAUAUAUAAUAGAUCUGGCUGUCGAUCAAGACGAGGAAAUAGAUGGUGGCACUUUGCCUGAAGAAGUGUGGUGCGUACAGUAUGUGAGUAACAGUCAUACUGUUUCUGACUUCACAUCCACAUCCUCUGAUUGGCAGAUGGCCAAGUGCGGACAUAAGGUGUUUUAUUUAUACGCAUGUGCUGGACAUGCAUUAACACAGAAGAGCAAUAUCAAUCCCAUACACACACACACAUACUUGUUACAGUCUAUUAAUAAGAUGUGUGACAAAAACUAGACAAAUUUCCCAGUAAUGUUACAUUUUAACUUGGAAGAGUUGAAAAUGACUACAGUGGUGGCCUGAGAUGAAAACUGAAAUUUAUUUAUUUCCUCCAAUUACCUCUGUAAGGUACAUGGUGGCUAGGUUUAUUGGCUGUGCAUAUUUGUGUGUGUGUGUGUAUACAAACAUCUCUAUCUGUAUCUGAGUUUGAAAUAUAACGAUUAUUUCUUUGUUUGUAAGUAUUUGUAUUCCGGUAAAGCUGAAGGCUCAACCAAGCCCCUCAACGUACCUUAAACCUACCAUACACCAAAACUUAUUUUUAAUUAUUUGUGUUUUUCAUGUUUAAUUUUUUUCAGUUAACUGAUUCAUCUUUUAAAGACAUCUUAUCGGUGCCAGUAUCUAGUCUCAGCUCUAGCAAUUUAAUUUAGUCAAAUAAUACCCUCUAUGUUUUUAAUUGCUGAAUGUCACUCCCCUCAAUUUGCUAAAAGCCCAAAUUUCCAGAAAAAAUGGACAUGGCUUCCAUGUCCUCAUUGUUAGCUACAGCCUGAUGACUCAUCCCCACACAGUGAUAAGGUAUUCUUCAAUGCUGUUGUAUGCUUUGAUAAAUGUAAAGAUGUAAUGUAAAGGAUUUGGUUUCUCAAUACAAAAAUAACACUGAAGAGGUUGGUAAAGAGCCAGUCUUUACAUGAAACACGUGAUUUGUACUGCGACACAUUUCAGUUUUGUAAAUCUAAAACGUGUGUGUGUGUGUGUGUGUGUGUGUGUGUGUGAGUUAAUCAGCCACUAUUUAUUCAUCAGUGUUUCUUUAUUUUGUAUCUUGUUUUCUCUCUCUCUCUACUGUUAGCCACUCUAUUGCUGUCUACCUUAUAAAUAUUUAUAUAUUUUAUCACUUUAUACUCUUCAUUUUAUUAAUUCAUUUAAUUAAUGAGUUUAAUUAAUUCAUUAAUUCAUUUUAUUAUCAUGCAGCCCUAUUUAUGAGGUCACAAAGUGCUUUUGAUAUAAACAUCUGGUAUUUUGAUUUUUCCAUAAAUUUUAUUAUUUUAUUAUUAUAUUAUUGUACUUGCUACAUUUGUUUCCAUUGUUCCGUGUUGUUUCAGUGAUUUGUUUCGUAAAAAAGAGCCUCAUAAAAAAAGCAGAACAGCAAGUUAGUAUAGUAACACAUUACACUGAGUGUGCUCUUCUCCUUUUUAUUGUGUGUGUGUGUGUGUGUGUGUGUGUGUGUGCGUGUGUGCGUGUGUGCGUGUGUGGAUGUGUGUAUUUCUUAUUAUCAUUCCGUCCAUGAGUGCGUCAAUGCAUGAUUAAAAUCAUUCUGAAUACAGUGUUGAUGUUGGAAAUGUCGUAGUAAAGAGUAAAGUAUUUUUAAAAGCUGAAAAUGACAUGACAUGAAAAACAAUGUAGAUGUUUACAAAGACCAAACUUUUCUUUUCUCUGUCUUUUUUUUCUUCUCAAAGAUGAAAUAAAACUUGACUGGCAAAUGAA